AUGGCUGAAUUUUCAGCAUUGAUGGAGCAAAUGAAGCAAAUGCAGCUCCAAAGCACAAGCGAGGAACAACAUCGCCACAUCCAAGCUCAGAUCCAAGCUCUCAUUGAGCUUGAGCAGCAGAGGCUGGCCGCGGAAGCCGAGGAGCGCAAGCUCGAGCACGAAAGGCUGGCCGCGGAAGCCGAGGAGUGCAAGCUCGAGCACGAAAGGCUGGCCGCCGAGGAGCGCAAGGAAGCACAGCUCAAACGGAAAACAGGUCGCGACAAGAUUAAAGUCUUGAAGGGCAUGUUUGCCAACCUUGGGUGGCAACACGAAACGGCUUUAUGGAACAAGUUGAUGGCAAUGGAUGAUGCUGGUUUUGAAGCAUUUGUCGACGAAGUCGACAACAUGCCCUCUGCCGAGAGGAUGAACGAAGUGUACCCCUGGAAGGCGCCCUCACAAACCUUGUCUCUGACCACUGCAAAUGAAGUUCUUGGCUCCGUGGUCGCAGAGCUUCCCUGCAGCCACCACUACCUUGCAGCAAAAAUUGUCAAGCGCAUUGAUGAUCUUUGCGCGGAUGACCAGUGGGAGCGCAGCGAGGCGCUGACGAAUGGCCUUCAGUGGGCGGCCAAAGCUCAACGUGACUCCCAGCUGACUGAACUCCAGCAGGAGCCCAGCAUUUCUUCGCGAGUUUCCAUCGUGUUGCAGCGCUACUUUGGUCUGAAUGUUGUCCAUCAGUACGCCAUCGGUUCCCACAGCACCCACGUUGAUUGGGCGGGCUUUGACGACAACCACCACGUUGUCGUCAUGGGUGAGUGCAAAAAGAAGGAGCAGCCGUUCCAUGAAUACGGGGGCCAGGUUGCCAACGAGCUCUUGCGACUGGGGGCCAUUCCAACGUUGUAUGAGAGCAACAGCAACAUACCGCUGCCUCGGCGGAAGGACAUUUUGUGGCCCAUCAUCAACAUCAACGUGGUGGGAGACCAUGUCAGCGCCUACCUGGCUUUGCAUGUGAUUGAUAUUCCAUGGGAGCAGUUUGAGAGUUGCCUGGCAGAGAUUCUGCCAUUGUUUGAGAUUGACGAAAGCAUCUUGCGAGCUUGCAAGGAAUUUGUGCAAGAGGAUUUGGCGUACUUGCUGGAUCGGGCAGAUGCUCGGACUGUAUUGCGGCCACGGCUGCCUCCACAACCAUUUCCUUGCCCUUUUGACCACCUCUGCAAGUGGAAUCUGAAGGAUUCGUAUGGUCCCAACGUGCAGGUCUACAGCAUCGGGAAGCAAAACAAGGUGUUCAAGCACUUUGACUACUGGGGACGCACGGCAAAUCUCUGCAGCAGCCUCUCGGCACAGUGUGUGUCUUACCAAGAUCGCCGCUACCCGCCUGACGACCGAAUCUUGACAAUACUCAGUCAACUGGAUGUGGCAGGCUCAUUCUAUCAGAAGUGGGAGGUGGCGAGGCUUGCAACUGCCGUGGAUGUGCUCAGCUACCCUUACGUGAAGCCGGCAGACACCGUCGAGAUUGAGCAACUGGUCCAGGUCAUCUACCAACUGAAGGCCAUCCAUAGCGUUGACUUUGUGCACGGCGACAUUCUUCCUCGCAACAUUCUUUUUUGCAGCGACUGGGAAGGGCAUCCUGCGGCCUUUCUCAUCGACUUUGAUCUCGGCAGGUUUCUUGCUGCUAAUCCUGCCCACAACCCCGUCUAUGCCUCCAAUUUUGCCAGGGAAGGAGAGCCGCUGGAGCCUUUUCGUCACCCAUUUGCCCGGCGGAAUUUGCCAAUGCAGAAGGAGCACGAUGGCUUUGCCUUGGCACGUGUCAUGGAGAAGUUUUUGCAGGACGACGAGGCUCGUCAGCAGCUGGUGGCUGCGUUGGAAGAGCUGCAGCUGGAUGACGCUGCCACGCUGUGUCAGAGGUGCUCGCUUUUGCCGCCAGACAAUGUUGCUGGGCUUGGCAAGGCCACGGGAAGUCCUCGACGUUAA